AAUAUUUAAGAGAUGUAAUUGUUAAAGUGCUCAAUUCAGUGAGUACCUUAGAGGGAUAUUAAAAUAAGUGCGAACCGUGGAAGAAGAAGUCAUCACCAUGAAAUCCGAAAGUAAACAGGGUUAUUCUGUGUCUAUUAAUGAUGAUAAAGCAGAUGAAAAACUAGCAGAAAUUAUGGCCAGUAAAAUGACUUUAGCUGACUAUGAAAAUAAGUCAUUUAAAAGUGUUCUACCUCAGUGUAUUGGAACGUUUGUAGCGUCAGGAUUCAAUUUAAUUGUAGGACUAGGUUUAGCGUACACCGGCAUCCUUAUUCCUGCUAUUGAAAGUCCUAAUUCCGAUAUAAAAGUAACGACGACAGAAAGUUCCUUAAUCGCAAGUAUAACCACCCUAGUAAUAGCACUGACAAGUCUGACAUGUGGACCCGUAAUGGAUAGAAUUGGCCGAUUAAACUGCAUAAAAAUAUCCAUCAUACCCAUUACGGUGGGUUGGGUUUUAAUUGCCCUUGCUAAAAGCACCACCAUGCUAUUGAUAGGUCGAGUUUUUGUAGGAAUAAGUGGAGGUAAACCUAAAAUGAUAUACUAACCAAUUAAAUAAGAC